CCCCCACCCAUUCUCUCUCUCAGUCUUUUGGAUCCUCCCUCUUUUCCUGACUUGUGAAGUAUGCUCAGAGUGAUAGUCUCCAAGGAGCUCCCGUCUAAGCCCAGUCAACAGUACUGAGGACUUUUGAAAGUUGUGGACAAUAUUUUGUGAGGAUAUCAUGGCACUGCGACAAAACUCUGACAAGGAACCUAGUAUUGAGCUGUUCAUCAAGGCUGGACAUGAUGGUGAAAACGUAGGGAACUGCCCGUUUUGCCAGCGCCUCUUCAUGGUCCUGUGGCUAAAAGGAGUCAAGUUCACAGUGACCACCGUUGACAUGAGGAAAAAACCAGCAGAAUUGAAAGACUUAGCACCUGGAACCAAUCCACCAUUCCUUCUCUACAACGGCACUCUCAAGACUGACUUCAUCAAAAUUGAAGAGUUCCUUGAGCAAAUGCUUGCCCCACCCAGAUAUCCUAAUCUCAGUCCCAUAAACAAAGAAUCAUUUGAUGUGGGAGCAGAUAUUUUUGCAAAGUUCUCAGCUUUCAUCAAGAACAGUCCAAAUAAUGCAUUCCAGCAGAAAAACCUUUUGCGAGAGUUCAAGCGCCUGGAUGACUAUCUGAACUCACCCUUGCCAGAGGAGAUUGACCACAACUCCACGGACACUGUCACCGUCUCCAAAAGGAAGUUUCUGGAUGGGGACCGUCUGACAUUAGCAGACUGCAACCUACUGCCUAAACUACAUGUGAUCAGGGUUGCUGCCAAGAAAUACUGUGACUUUGAGAUUCCAAAAGAGUUCACAGGUGUGUGGCGAUACCUCCAGAAUGCCUAUGAAAGAGAGGAGUUCAAACAGACAUGUCCUGCUGAUAUUGAGAUAGAAAAAGCUUACCUUGGUGUGGCCAAAAGGAAAUAAAACCUGUUGUCAUUCUGCAUUUACUAACGGCAACAGCCAGGGGGCGUUACUUGUCACAACACUGCAAUAAGUCACGGUUUUCAUGAG